UGAAAGAAGUAUAGCUGCUCGGUGCUUCCGCCUCUCGUUCGGGUGUAAACAUUUCACGCAAUGGAUGAUAUCGCAGACUUAAAGUAUGACAUUGAUCGAAAGCUCGAAAAGGAGACGACAAAUCUGUCAACUUUGAGGGAAUCACUGAAGAAGAGCAGCACUAACACUCAGAACAUGUUAGGCAUCCUCACAAGCUUUGAGAGCCGACUGCAGAGACUGGAAGAUACAAUUGUACCUGUUUACAAUGAGACUGAGAACCUCAGACGAAGACAAGAGAACAUUGAAAAGACACUUCACACUGUGGAUAACGUCCUAGGCUACUACCAUGCAGCUAAAGAUGUGGAGCCUGUCAUCAGAGAAGGGCCUGGUGCUAGUGAUCUUGACACCUACAUCUCUUAUAUGGACAAGCUACUGCGGGCUAUGAGAUACUUUACUACAAACAACCCAGCCAGUAAAGAACUUGAUCAGUUGACAAGAAUCUAUGAUGAUGGCAAAGAAAAUCUACAACACGAGUUCCGUGCCCUGUUGACCCGACAUGGCCGCCCUGUACCACCCAUCCUUAUCAUGGACCUUCUAGGCACUGAUGAAGAGCUGCCCCCAGUGGGGACAGACACGGACCUGUUUGCCCUGGAACACCUGCCAGAGAAGGUGGUGGAGCAGCUCAGUGACAUCUCCAAGUGGCUGGUGGCAAACGACAGCUCCACAGAGUUCACCAAGUACUACUAUGCCGCGAGAGCCAGCAUGCUGACCAAGUCACUACAGGGCCUGAAGGAACAUCUGAAGACCUCAAGUGGAAGCAGCACCACCCAUGUGGGGCAGCAUUCUCCCGCCAUGAAUAACAAAUUUCGUGGGACCAAAGAUACACCAGUUAGAAAAAGCAUGAAGAAAAUGACGUUGAAAGGAUUCAAGAAGGCUUCAUCCACACUCAUGGCAGGAAGGUCCCCGUUUGAGCCAGGUCACAGAAGGCAGGGGUCAUCGACAGAGAGCAUCAAGGAGGAACAUGUGGAUGUGGAGACGGACCAGUACAUCACACAGCUCACAGCUCUCCUCAGACUCAUGCAGAGCGAAUCUCAUCUGAUGAUGGGCAUCAUUCCGGAGAAGUAUCAACGUAACAUCUUUGACAACACUGUCCAGCAGGCUCUGGAUAUGAUAGUCAGUGAAGGAGAGAUGCUGGCCACAACCGCCAAGAGGAACAUUGGUCGGCAUGAAUUCACUGCAGUAUUGUCUAUAUUCCCUAUCGUAAAACACCUCCGAACAGUCAGACCCGAGUUUGAUUUGAUACUCGAGGGAUGCCAAGCACCAACAAGGUCCAAGCUCAUUUCGUUACUCUCAACGCUAGACAGCACUGGAGCCAAGGCAUUGGAAGAAUUCCAUGAUAGUGUUCGGAAUGAUUCCGACAAAGCCAUGCCACGUGACGGUACAGUACAUGAACUUGCCAAUCAUACAAUCAUCUUCCUGGAGCAGCUACAGGACUAUGCAGAGACGGCAGGGGCCAUGUUGCUGAUGCAUGGGGAACAAGCCGCCCCUUCACAGUCGACAAUAACGACUGAUGCCUGCAGGUUGAGGCUAGCUGACUAUAUGACGAGAGUGCUGUCUGCACUGGGCCUCAACCUCACCAACAAGGCUGAGAUGUACAGUGAUCCAGCCCUCAAACCCAUCUUCAUGGUCAACAACUUUAACUACAUUCUCAAGUCUCUCAAAAGAUCUGGCCUACUGGAGUUGCUGCAUGCAUGGAACCCACAGGUAGCAGACGUGUAUGAAACGCAAAUAACAGAACAGAAGAGAUCCUACUCUGAGAGCUGGAACAAAGUGUUACAUUUCAUCAUGGAGGUAGACAAGCCGAUCUCGGUGCAGAGGACACAGAAUACAGAGGUUGUCAAGUUAAAAGAUAAGGACCGGCAGAACAUCAAGGACAGAUUCACUGGCUUCAACAAGGAGCUGGAGGAGAUUUACAAGAUCCAGAAGGGUUACGCUGUCCCGGACCCCGAGCUCCGCGAAUCCCUCAAGGCUGACAACAAGAAGUAUAUCACACUGCGUUACGAAGUGUUCCUCAAUAAAUACAAGUCUCUCAACUUCACAAAGAACACUCAUAAGUACAUCAAGUAUGACGUGGUCGGGGUGGAGAGCCUCAUUGAUAAGUUCUUUGAUGCCUCUGCAUAGAUAUCCAUUUCUGAUGGCAAAUAAUGUGGUCAUUUGGACAUCUGUUGUAUUUGCAAGGAUUAACUGUGGAUCUGCUGUUUGUCACUGCGUAUGAUGUAUGCUCUAAUGUGUUGUUGUUGUUGUUGUUGCUAACAGAGCUUUGUUAUUGAAAGUAGUGGACAUUAGCCCAAACACAGCUACUCGUGGAGUCAGGAAGCCCUACUUUAUGGUGAUGUAUGAAGUCUUCUAACUCUCAACUAAUAUUUAUAGAAUUAUCUUUGAGUUUUGACCCUAUUUUAGGUUGAAAUGUGGAGGUUUUAGGUAGGGGAUGUUAUCACCUGCAAUAUGGAAAGGAUCUAACACAAUGGAAAAUUAUACUUCAUGUUUAUUGUGUACUAUGGGAAAUGUUUGUGUGCUGAUAUGGCAAUGUUAGCUUACUUCAGCAUUCAGUGGCCUGGAGUGUCAGAUGCUGCUCCACCCAAGGGAGGGAACUGCAAUCCUUCGUUAGGAAAAGAUUAGCAACAGUUAAUUGUUUUAAACCAUUUUGAAUUGUUAUUCAUGAAAAGCAUCUGUUGGUUGACAACCUGAGAAAGUGAACAAAUCUAAGCUGUGUAAUGGAGACCUAGUACUUGCAGGUGGACCUCUGUUCCUCUCCCUCAUCCUGGAGACCUAGUACUUGCAGGUGGACCUCUGUUCCUCUCCCUCAUCCUGGAGACCUAGUACUUGCAGGUGGACCUCUGUUCCUCUCCCUCAUCCUGGAGACCUAGUACUUGCAGGUGGACCUCUGGUCCUCUCCCUCAUCCUGGAGACCUAGUACUUGCAGGUGGACCUCUGUUCCUCUCCCUCAUCCUGGAGACCUAGUACUUGCAGGUGGACCUCUGUUCCUCUCCCUCAUCCUGGAGACCUAGUACUUGCAGGUGGACCUCUGUUCCUCUCCCUCAUCCUCUGGGUUGCACCUCCAGAUUGCUUACUUCAUGAACUGUGCAAUAUUCUUUACCGACACAUAAACAUUUAAAACAUGGUUACUGCUUGUAACCAAUGUUGUGUUUCACAUGCUAAUUGUUAUGUUUGAGAUUUUGUAUAGAUGUACAAGUAUACAAUAUGUAGAUUACUUGUAAUUUACGCUAUGUAAUCCAUUUCAUUCAAUCUUAUAUGUAUGUUGACAUGUUAUUUUGUGAUAAAUGCUAUUUGAUUUUGGGAUGUUAAAAUGAAUGCUUGGUAUUGAACUGAACAGUUGGCACAUGUAAAUGUCAAAGACAAGAACAUUCAGAAAUAUUUUCCUCUUGUGCUAGAAUCAAGAACCAGAUGUCAAUUUUAGACAGGCACUUAGACUUGCAUGAAUGUUCACUAUGCUUGCUGCUUAAGGAUGCAAAGGUUGUGGUCAUCUUUCCUUCCUCUCUUGUACAAUACUGGUAUUUAUGUGUAUGUCCAAAUCAGUGGCACCACACUGUAUGUCUAUUUACUAGUCAUUUAUAAUGUAUGUAAGUCUCAUUUCUGACAUGAAAUAAAACAUUUUAUCAUA